AUCAAGCGCCCCCACAUCCACUUUUACUUUCACGCUCUUCUGCAGACGGUUCAACAGAGCACUUUGUGUUGGUCAAGAUGCGCGACGCGCUCGCCGGUUUGUGCAUUGGGAUUAUACUGUUAUUAAACAGCGGGUUUGUGGUUAUGAGGAGGCAGGACUCGUCUUCAGCUCUCGGCAGUAUUUUCCGUACGAGGUGCGCCGCCAGGUGCCUGAGCCUUCACAGCACGCGCAUCGCUCUCUCUCCAAGACAUUUCCAGAGUAAUGGAUCCCUUGGAUGGUGUCAGAGCCAUAAACAGUGUGCAAAGUGCCUGGAGCCAUGCAAAGACUCCUGGGAGUUGAAAGACGGACCUUGUCGAGAUUUAUGUGAGCACGCAUUUCCCAAGCGUCAUGGUGAGUGUGUGACGAGCUGUGAGUUCCUGCGAUCAGUGAUGGUGGUGAAACAGGGUGACUGUCCUGCGCCGGAGAGAGCCAGUGGCUUUGCAGCUGCCUGUGUGGAGGGAUGUGAGGAAGAUGGAGAGUGUUCAGCCCAGAAGAAAUGCUGCCCAAAUGGCUGUGGACACACAUGCCAGUCCCCUAAGAACCUCUACAGGGGUGCUCCUCUGAAGCCCAGGAAGGAGCUGGUCUUUGAGGAGCUGGAGUCUGGAGUGUUGGAAGUGCGCUGGUCCUCCAAGUUCAAUGUGUCAGCGGAGCCGGUGCUAAAUGUUCUGCAGAGGAGGUGGAACUACGGCAUCCACCCCAGUGAGGAUGGAGCAACUGAGUGGCAAGUGGUGGCUAGAACAUCAGAAGAGCGUGUGUGGCUGAUGGACAUCCGGCCCGGUCGCUGGUACCAGUUCAGAGUGGCAGCGGUCAAUGUUCAUGGAACCAGAGGAUACACCACACCCAGCAGACACUUCAGAUCCUCUAAAGAUCCUGCCCCUCCCCCGGCACCGUCUGAACUUCAUGUCAGUAACAUGACCUUUGGUGCAGAUCGCUCUGUGUCUGUCCGCCUCAGCUGGAGCAUGUCUGCAGAUUUAGACAUCCCUGUUAACCACUACAAACUCUCCUGGAGCUGUUCUGACCAUACUAUGCCAUCCAAACUCAAGAGGAGACAGACUACAAAUGGGGACUCUACCUAUGCUGAGCUGGAUGACUUGAGAGAGAACAGGAGUUACACUGUGGAGUUGCAGGCGGUUUCAUACUGGGGUCAGGUCCCUCUCAAGAGCUCCAAGGCCAUUUUUCAGUUUACUACAAGCCAAAGACAAUCUGAUUUGGAACCCACAGACAGUCCGGUCUUUAUAAAACCCCAGUCAGAUCUAUUAGACGUGGGCACUCCGUUCUAUCAAGAUGGACAGCUUCAGGUCCGGGUCUACUGGAAAAAGAAAGAUCCCACCGUGAAUCGUUACCGUGUGCAGUGGUCUCCGGAAUUCUGCAGUCACAAUAGAUCCAGAACACAGGAAAAGCUCAUCACCCAGGAGAAUUUCGCCAGCCUUCCUGGACUUCAGUUCUCUUGCAAGUAUAAGGUGAUCAUCCAGCCCGUAGGAUCAAAGAGUAAAGCCCAGGCAGAAAGCACAACCUUCUACACCCCGUCCUGUGCUACCAUCCAGAGCAAGAGUCCCAAACCCAUCCCUUGCUCCACAGUCUCAGCAGUGGUUCCUCCAAAGGUCCUGGUCAAGGCAGAGAACCUGACAGCAGCAUUCUCCGUCUACAUGGGGAAUGUGACAGGCCUGUUCUCAUGGGUGGUGGCCAUGCCUCAGCAGCCACAGCAGGUCACAGGAUAUCAGGUCACAUGGGCAGAGGUCAUCACAGAGAGCCGCAGAAAUCAUCUGCCCAACAGCCUCAUAUCCCAGUCUCAAAUCCUGCCUCCAGAGCGUAAUAUCUUGGUAGUUUCUGGUCUUCAGUUGGCAUCUCUCUACAGACUUGAGGUGCAGGUGAUCACUGCAGGAGGACAAGGCCCAGCAACCUCCAGAACCUUCCAGACACCAGCUCACAGCAAGCCAGUCCUGCACUACAAACCCAGGAUUAAGAAACACCAUCUAAGGUCGGUGAUAGAACGGCACUGAAGACCACACUGCAAUGAAUCAUCCUGGACCAGAAGUGACUCCUCAGGAACACAGAGAACCAGACGAACCAAAGAACAGUUAAUUGCGAAUCGCGUUUCAGCCUGAGCCAGUCAGCUGCCUCAUAACUCAACAUGGGGACCUGCUGUAAUCUGAAGAUCACAUUUUGAUUGACGUUACGAUAUUUAAAGCCCCAGCAAUUUCCUGUGGGGGAUCAGCUUCCACAAACUAAUUAGAAUUGAGUAUACUACAAAGACUAGGGCAUCAAAAGCAAAAGCCAUAGGAUAAAAACAAAACAAGUGCAAAUACAAAAAA